CCGUCUCUCUCUCUCGCCUCCCCGAGCGUGUAGAAUCUCUCUGUCGCUUGUACGGAUUCUCUUCACUCGGCAGCUUCCAAUCGCCGGGCCAUAAAGACAAGAGACCCUAGCUCUUUUUUUGUUCUGCUGCUGUGUUUGGACCUGCUUCGAGGUUCAUCGUUCGCUCUCCUUCAGCAGUGAUCGCCAUGUCAACUCCUGCGAGGAAGAGGCUGAUGAGGGAUUUUAAGAGGUUGCAACAGGACCCACCGGCGGGCAUUAGUGGUGCACCCCAAGAUAAUAACAUUAUGCUUUGGAAUGCCGUGAUAUUCGGUCCUGACGAUACUCCAUGGGAUGGAGGUACGUUCAAGUUGACUCUUCAGUUUACAGAGGAUUAUCCAAAUAAACCUCCGACAGUGCGCUUUGUUUCUCGAAUGUUUCACCCAAAUAUUUAUGCCGAUGGAAGUAUCUGUUUGGAUAUAUUGCAAAACCAGUGGAGUCCUAUAUAUGAUGUUGCAGCAAUACUCACAUCUAUCCAGUCUUUACUGUGUGAUCCCAAUCCAAACUCUCCUGCAAACUCGGAAGCGGCUCGGAUGUUCAGCGAGAACAAGCGUGAAUACAACCGAAGAGUGAGGGAGAUAGUGGAGCAGAGCUGGACGGCUGAUUAAAUUCGAUCCCAGGGCAGUGGUGGAGUAGGUCAAGUUUGGGGGUUGUUAUUCGCCGAUUGAACACAAUCGAAACAAGGGGUCUGUAACUUGUAUCCUGUAGUAUAAUGCCAUAACUUUUUUUUUUUUUUGCGUCAAAAUGCCACACUUCAAUGCUUUGUUAUGUCAUUGUUCGAAAAAUCAUUUAUUGUGGUGUCAUUGUCUUUCCAAGCUUGGCCAUAUAUUUAACUAUGUAAAAGGUAGAGUUGAACUAUCAGCAGUGGAUUGGGGUAAAAGGUAAUGUAACAUGGGUUUAUUUGAUUGCA